UGAGUAGAACGCAUUGCCAUGCAUCAGGUUGACCACAUUGUCCUUCAAGGAUUGAGGAGGGACAUCUACCUCUGAACAGGCCAGCCUUUGAUCUACAUAAAAGACAUUUAUGUAACACAGUAACAUAUUGCUGCACUGUUAGCUUUGGAGUCCAUCAACAAGCAGCAGCAAGUCUUCCAGUCCUUCACUCAGAGGACAAAAUGAAGAAAGACUAUUCAAUGGAUUUCAACAACACUCGAGGAAUCUCUUUUAUUGAAGAUAGUUUCAGAGAGAGAACUGAAUCUGUGACCUUCAGAACUGAACAUAAUAAUGUGGAAAACAACAAAAGAGCCCACCCAACGCUUUUUGGGAAAUACAACCAGAGCAUUCAGACCCUCAAACCCUUCCGAUGGUUCUCAACCAAGUCCCACCCUCUGGACGAUGCAGGUUUCCUGUCCUUUGCAACCUUUGCCUGGAUGACCCCCAUUAUGUGGUCCUUGUUCAGGAAUAAGCUGGACAUAAGCUCUCUCCGCCUGUCUCCUUUGGAUGUAUCGGACACCAGUGGGGAAAGGCUCUACAGACUCUGGGAGGAAGAAGUGGCAAAGGUGGGCCUGGAGAAAGCCUCUUUGUUUCGAGUGAUCCUUCGCUUUCAACGAACCAGGCUGAUUUUGUCUGUUCUUGUUGGUUUCCUUGCCAUAACUUCAAUGUUUCUGGGCCCGGCUGUUCUGGUCUAUGAAAUCCUGAACUAUGUUGAGGAGCCAGAGAAGUCGCCAGUAUACCAUGGUGUUGGUCUGGCUAUUGCUUUGUUUACCACAGAGUUCCUCAAAGCCUUCUUUAUAUCCUUGUUGUGGGCAGUGAGCCUGCGCACUGCAGUCAGACUUAAGGGGGCCUACUCUGCAGUCGCCUUUCAGAAAGUCAUCUCUCUGCGAGUGCACAGCGGCAUUUCAGCGGGAGAGAUGAUUACUGUUUUGACCAACGAUGGCCACCGAAUGUUUGAGGCAGUGUUGUUUGUGAGCUUCACUCUGUGCACCCCAGUGCUCUUUAUUGUGUGUAUUGUCUAUGCCUGCUACAUUUUGGGCUACACCGCACUGAUUGGAAUCGCCGUCUAUAUCAUCUUUGUCCCUGUACAGUCUAUCCUGGCCAAGCUCAUUAACAUGUUCAGAUGGAAAGCCAUAUUGAUAACGGACAGCCGUGUUCGCACAAUGAAUGAGAUUCUCAGCAGCAUCAAACUUAUCAAAAUGUACGCCUGGGAAGAUUCCUUUGAGGAGAAGAUUGCAGGCUUAAGGAAAACUGAGAAGAAAGAGCUGAGGAAGGUCAGUUACAUUCAGAAUGCCAAUACCAGCAUCGCCAGCAUCAUCCCCACCCUCGCCACUGUCCUCACCUUCAUGCUACACACUUUGUUGGGUAUAAAGCUCAACAUAUCUGAUGCCUUCACCACCAUCGCCAUCUUCAACUCCAUGAGGUUCCUCCUGGGUCUGAUGCCAAUGUCUGUGAAGGCCCUGGCUGAGGCCGCUGUGUCUCUAACACGACUCAGGAAAAUAUUGCUGAUCCAGAAUCCCGAGCCCUACCUGAUCCAGAAAGACAGUGACUCAGCAAUAGUGAUGAAAAACGCUACACUUUCUUGGACCAAACCAGAGAUCCAGCCAAACUCCCCACCCAGCUCAGCCAAUGGGGUGAAGGGGCACAAAGUGGAGAUUACUCAGAAUAGGAAGACUGAAACGUUGCCAACCCUGAGAAACAUUUCCUUCACCGUGCCUAAGGGCAACCUGCUGGGUGUCUGUGGGAACGUGGGGAGCGGAAAGACAUCACUGAUUUCCAGCAUUUUGGAACAGAUGCACCUCCUACAGGGCUCCAUCUCAGCCAACGGGACAUUUGCCUACGUUUCCCAGCAGGCCUGGAUAUUCCAUGGAACCGUUCAAGAAAACAUCCUGAUGGGGGAACCUUUUGACCAGUCAAAAUAUGACAGAGUUUUGGAUGUUUGUAGCCUCAGAGCUGACCUGAAAAUCCUUCCGUAUGGUGAUCAAACUGAGAUUGGAGAACGGGGGCUGAAUCUGUCAGGGGGGCAGAAGCAGAGGAUCAGCCUAGCCAGAGCUGUUUACUCCAAUAAGGACAUCUUCCUCCUUGACGAUCCGCUCUCUGCUGUCGACGCCCAUGUGGGGAAACACAUUUUUGAGGAAUGCAUUAAAAAGGAGCUCCAGGGAAAAUCUGAACUGGUUACACACCAGCUCCAGUAUUUGGAGUUCUGUGAUGACAUUUUGGUCCUGGAGGAUGGCGAGGUGCGAGAGGCUGGAGACCACCAAGUCCUGAUGACAGCCAAAGGGCGCUAUGCUCAGCUGAUCAGCAACUACCAGAUGGAACAGUCCAAAACUGAGAAUGAGGAGGAGGAAGAAUCAAACCAGGACGCUACCCAGCUGAGGGAAGUUGAGCUAAGAGAUCGCACAGGCAGUGGCUUAGUGAACCCAGCAUUUGACAUGUCAGAUGAAAUGGAUGAUGUAACAACAACUGACCAAAAAUCUGCUGUUGUCGGUGAUCAGCUGGUCAGUCAGGAGGCUACCACAGAAGGUGCUGUUUCCUGCAGAGUCUAUCAGCAGUACUGCAAGGCAGCUGGAGGCUACGUUGUCUGCUUCCUUGUGAUCCUGAACAUCAUCCUGAUGAUUGGAUCCACAGCCUUCAGCAACUGGUGGCUCAGCUACUGGCUUGGGCAGGGGGAUGGGUCCAAUAAGACAAAUGCAGACAAGGGCGACAUCUCACAAAAUCCACAGCUGCAUUUCUACCAAACAAUUUAUGGAGUGAUGGUGGUUGUCAUGUUGGGUCUUGCCCUCAUUAAAUGCUUUCUCUACACUUGGGUCACCUUGAAUGCCUCCUGCAAACUUCAUAACACCAUGUUCAAGAAGAUUAUCGCUAGUCCUAUGAGUUUCUUUGACACGACGCCAACAGGCCGUAUUCUCAAUCGCUUCUCCAAAGAUCAAGAGGAGGUGGACACUGUACUCCCCCUCCACAUGGACCCUUUCUUGCAGUUUUCUCUGCUGGUCACCUUCACCAUUAUCACCGUCUCGGCUGUCUUCCCUGCCUUGCUGGCAGCUGUGGCUGUUAUGGGAGCUAUGUUCACCCUCAUUCUCUUUAUAUUCCAGAGGAGUAUCCGUCAGAUGAAGAGGAUGGAGAACAUUAGCCGCUCUCCCUGCAUCUCACUCACCACCUCUACCCUGCAGGGCCUCAGCACCAUCCAUGCCUACAACAUAAGAGACAACCACAUAAAAUUGUUCAAGUCACUGAAUGACAUCAACUCCAACCACUAUUUACUGUUUGCCUGUGGGACACGUUGGCUCUCCUUCUGGCUGGACUUCAUGGCUGCAACCAUGACCUUGUUGGUGUCACUGUUUGUGGUGCUCAGCAGUAAUGACGUCAUCAGUUCAUCUUUGAAGGGCUUGGCCAUGUCUUACACCAUACAGCUGACAAAUAUGCUUCAGUACGUAGUGAGGCAGGCGACAGAGGUGGAGGCUAGAUUUAACUCGGUGGAGCGGCUGCAGGAGUACAUCACGGGUUGUAAGCCGGAGGCCCCCAGACACAUAAAGGAGGCUAAAGUCCCAGAGGACUGGCCAAAGAGUGGAACCAUCACCUUCCAGGACUAUCAGAUGAGGUACAGAGAGAACACACCCAUUGUCCUCAACGGGCUCAGUUUCUUCAUCCGAGCUGGAGAGAAGCUGGGCAUCGUGGGAAGGACGGGCUCUGGGAAGUCCUCUUUAGGCGUGGCUCUGUACAGGUUGGUGGAGCCCGCCGCAGGAACCAUCCUGAUAGAUGGUGUGGACAUUAUGGAGAUCGGUCUGCAGGAUCUGCGCAGCAAAUUGUCCAUUAUCCCCCAGGACCCUGUGCUAUUUAUUGGCACAAUCAGAUACAACUUAGACCCCUUUAAUAAUUACAAAGAUGAGGAGAUCUGGGCGGCGCUGGAGAAAACCUACAUGAAGGACUCAAUUUCCAGGCUAGAGGGGAAACUACAGGCACCAGUGCUGGAGAAUGGAGAAAAUUUCUCUGUAGGAGAAAGGCAACUCAUGUGUAUGGCCCGAGCACUACUCCGCAACUCCAAGAUCAUUAUUUUGGACGAGGCAACAGCAUCCAUCGAUGCAGAGACAGACGCCCUGAUCCAGAACACCAUCAAAGAAGCGUUCGAGGACUGCACCAUGCUCACCAUUGCCCAUCGGAUUAACACUGUGAUGGAUGCGGAUCGUAUUCUGGUCAUGGACAACGGAGAGGUGGCAGAGUUAGACCAUCCAGAUGUGCUGAGGGAAAGACCGGACUCUCUGUUCUCCUCACUACUGAUUGCAUCAAAUACUGUGAACACAUGAACCACCUGAGACACCACUGCGCCAAGGCACAGUGAAACUGUAAGAUAACACAGUGAAAACCUCUUAAAGUGAUGUGCUCUGUCUGAGUCAAACUGAUCAUUAUAAACUUAUGAUAAUUGAAGCAUUUUUUUAUUUCUCAUACACAUCACUAUAAUAGAAUUGACAUUUGUAUAUUUGUUACAUGAUUGUGAGGAACAGACUAAGUUUUUCUGCUGCAUUCUGUUGGCUCAUCUUUGGCAGUUUGUCAUGAGCUUUCAGGAGAAUACAUUUUUCAUUGAAAAUCAUUGUCAUGAUUUUCAUGUACACACAGCACCAGCCUGAUGUGGUCAGCUGGUAGCAGAUGGGUUACUGUUAGGCAAAGUAUCAUAAAAGUAAAGUAAACAAGGAAAAAAAAAAGAAAAAAAAAAAAGAAUUCCACAUGUGGUCAUGUAUGAAAAGACCUAAAAUGAACACUAUUUUCAGAAUACUUGAUUACUGAGUGAAUUAUUUAAACAGCAUUUUUUAUGAUUCUGUCCAGAGCUUUUUGAAAAAUGUACACAUAACACUUCUUUUUUUUAUGCACAUUAAAAGUUAGAUUUCUCUCAAAUUUUGGUUGCAAAAUUGUUAAAAUCCCUAUAAUCCCGAAGUAAGCACUUCUCCUUUCCAAGAUAAUCCAUUCACCUGCA